GUAUGGACUUCUUCAGUAAUUGAUUAGAAGUGAUACAAACUAGUAGUCAACUCAAGUGCUGUGUUCGCUUCCUGGUUUCAGGUUAUGUGCUGUAGCGUUUCAUAAUCAUGCAGGAUGACACGUUAUCACGAACAACCGGCUCAGUGGUUCUUCAGGUUGGAGCUUUGGAGUUGCUUGCUAGAUACUCCAUGAACUCUGGAAGAGCAACCAGUAUGCUCUCUUCACUUCAUGAGUUUAGGACCAACGAAGCAGAACAAGCUGGAGGCAAACAAUGGAAUUGGAAGUAUUUAAGGGACCAGUUUUAUCAAAAGGAUUUGGAAGGACUGUACAGAAAGUAUGAUGACAAGUUAAGAGAAACACUGAUAUAUAUUUAUGUUUCUUUGUUGGUAUUUAUCUCUACUGUUCAUAUUGUACUUGUUGUUAUCGGUACUCAUAACGAGCAGGUCCAAUGGAAAUCUACAUAUUUAUCGAUGGGGAUGUAUAUACUACGAAUAGGGGUUCCUGUGAUUUCAUUCUGGAAGUGUAUUUAUAGUCCACUGAAGAACCGAUGGUUUUGGGUUCCUGUCCUAAUAACGUUCGUUCUGACUGCAGACCUUGUACUAUCAGAUAUCUCGGUGGCGAUAUUUACGACAUAUGAAGGUAUGCCCCUACGCCCGGCGUAUGGCACCAUGGCCCUUCUUUCUGUUUACAUAUUCCUACCAAUGCGGAACAAUUUCCUAGCUAUAUUUCUUGGGAUUCUGGUCAGCGCAGCCUAUGUAUUUGUCAUAGCUUUCUUUACAUAUUACGAAGACCCAUACGUUGAGGUGGUGGUAAGGGUAGCAUCUGACAUAAUUUAUCUCAUUGGUGUCAAUGUAAUGGGGAUAUACUUUCGACUCAUGAAUGAAGUUAUUACGCGACGUUCGUUUUUGGAUAGGAGAGCCUGCGUGGAAAGCACUUUACGUUUGAAAUUUGUCAAAGAUCAAGAGGAGCGUCUCAUGUUAAGCAUUCUACCAGAGCAUAUAGUAUCAAGAGUAAGGCAAGACAUAAGAAAUAUGUUUAUGAAUAUACGAUCCCAAAGUAACAACUACAUUAUGAAAUCUUUCAGUGAGCUCUACAUUGAAGAACAUGAUAACGUCAGUAUAUUGUACGCAGACGUUGUUAACUAUACACAAAUAUCGACAACACUUCCUCCAAUGCGGAUGGUGGAACUAUUAAAUGAACUCUUCGGAAGAUUCGAUGAAGCAUCAGAAGAACACGAUGUACUUAGAAUAAAGUUCUUAGGCGAUUGCUAUUACUGUGUGUGCGGCCUCCCGAAACCAACAGACCAACAUGCUAAGAACUGUGUUGAUCUAGGGCUUGAAAUGAUUCAUAUCAUUAAGGAUGUCAGAGAUAAACGUUCACUCAAUAUUGACAUGAGGAUUGGAGUUCACUCCGGAAAGAUUCUGUGUGGCUUAAUCGGGAUUCGUAAGUGGCAGUUUGAUAUUUGGUCAAAGGACGUUACUAUUGCGAACAAAAUGGAGUCCACAGGCAAAUCCGGGAAAGUCCACAUUACUAAGCAAACGCUUGAACUAUUACUGGAUAAUGCCCGUGAUUAUAUCAUUGAACCGAAUUUUGAAUCUCAACGCGACCCAUUUAUAAUGAACAACAAAUUAGAAACCUAUUUGAUUUCACGUCCGCCACGGCCUAUGACGGACUACAAACCAUUUCGAAGGGCUUCAGUUGGUUUGAAUAAAAUUAUAAAUCCCCGAUCUCGCAACAGAUAGCGAUCGGAAAAUAGGAGUUCUUCAAAUUUUCGUAGAUCGACCGCAUUCAUGGAUGAAAAUUUAGUUGAAUAUCAGCAAAUGUUGAAAGCGGCAGAUGCUCAAAUGGCUAAAGAAAUAGAAGACAUGACAAACGGC